GUUGAGGUGAUCAGCAGGGCGCAGUUUCCCGCCUUCACUUUUCUGUCAGUAACUUUCCUGAAGUAAACGACGUUGUCCGUUUCAUCAACAAACCUGAACAUGGGUUUCUUAAAACAAUUAGACGUCGAAAAUUUCAAGUCCUGGAGAGGAAAACAAACUAUCGGCCCAUUUAAAAGGUUCAAUUGCAUAAUUGGCACCAACGGAUCAGGCAAAUCUAAUGUCAUGGAUGCUCUUGGAUUUGUGAUGGGAGAAAGAGCAGCUAAUCUCCGCGUUAAACACACCAGAGAUCUCAUCCACGGUGCCCACAUUGGCAACCCGGUGUCCACUUUUGCCAGCGUGACCAUGAUCUACUGUGGAGACAAUGAUGAGGAAAUGACCUUCAGUAGACGCAUUUCAGGGGAGUCUUCCGAGUAUCUUGUGAAUGGUAAACAUGUCACUUUGGCGAAGUACACUGGAGAGCUGCAGAAGAUCGGCAUCGUGGUGAAAGCCAAGAAUUGUCUUGUGUAUCAGGGUGCUGUAGAGUCAAUCGCCAUGAUGAAUGCAAAAGAACGAACAAAGAUGUUUGAACGAAUCAGUGGCUCUGGAGAUCUGAAUAUUGAAUACUUUACCAAGCUGGCGGUCCUGCAGAAAGCCAAAGAGGACACCCAGUUCCACUUUAACAGGAAGAAAGCGGCUACAGCUGAGAAGAAACAAGUCUUUAAAGAUAAGACAGAGGCGCAAAGAUAUCAGUCGCUGGUGGAUGAUCUCAGAGAAUGCAAACUUCAACUGACCCUCUUUCAGCUCUUUCACAACGAGAAAAGCAUUGAUGCACAGUCAGCUUCAUUGGGGGACAUGCAGGCAGCCGCAGCGCAGCAGAAGAUCAGCCUGGACGCCUGGGAACAAACUGUAAAGACCCAGAAGAAAGAACAUGGGCGUCUGAACAGAGAACUUCAGCAGCUGGAGAAGGAGAUCAGAUCUCAGGAGCAGAUUCUGAAUCAACAGAGGCCUCAGUACAUCAAAGCUAAAGUGAACACCUCCCACCAUGAGCAGAAAGUGCAGGAGGCUCACAGAUCUCUUCAAAAGAACCAGAAUCUACAGGCCAAGAAGGGGCAGGAGCUUGAGGAGCUGAAGAGAGAACUGACUGAGCUGGAGAGAGCCUGGAAGACCUCAGAGAGGCAGAUGGAGGAGGAGGAGGCUCGAAGAGGAGCAGGAGUACAGCUGCAGGAGAGCCAGUUGGAGCGUUAUAAGGAACUCAAAGAGUUAGCUAGAAGGAACGGAGCCAUUUUAAACCAAAGCGCAGAAAAGUUGCACUGGGAGGUAAAAGCGGACCGUGAGAAGCUCCAGUUUGACCUGAGGAGGAAAAGUGAGAUUCAGGGAAAUAUCAAACAUAGUCAAACUCAUCUGGAGGAUAUCAGCAGAAGGGCAGAGAAACUGGAGGAAUAUGUCAACACUACAACCCAAACUCUUGAGGAGCAGCGUCAGCAGGAGGAGCAGCUGUCAGAGGAGCUGGCAAAAGGCCUUGUGCGAAUGGAGGAGGUGAAUGUGGAGCUCGCACAAGUGCUGACCAAGCUGCAGAACGCCCGUCUGGACAGCCAAGAGAACCGACGACAGCAGAAACGAGACGAAGUGCUGGAAAGCCUCAGGAGACUCUACCCUGAUACUGUGUAUGGUCGUCUGGUGGAGCUGUGCCAGCCCAUCCACAAGAAAUACCAACUUGCAGUCACAAAGGUGUUUGGCAAGAACAUGAACGCUAUCGUUGUGACGUCUGCUUAUGUGGCCCAUGAUUGCAUUCGAUAUCUGAAAGAGGAAAGAGCCGAACCAGAGACUUUUCUUCCUAUUGACUAUAUAGAUGUGCCCAUUCUGAAUGAGCGUCUGAGGGAGGUGCAGGGAGCCAAGAUGGUGGUGGAUGUGGUUCAGUGUUCACAAAACGCCCCUCAGCUGAAGAGGGUGAUCCAGUAUGUGUGUGGAAACUCACUGGUCUGUGAGACUCUGAAAGAUGCCCGUCGGAUCGCCUUUGAUGGUCCUGAGCGUCUUCAGACGGUGGCUCUUGAUGGCACCUUGUUUCGGAAGUCUGGGGUGAUUUCUGGGGGUUCUUCGGACCUGAGCAAGAAAGCUCGACGCUGGGAAGAGAAAGAUAUGAACAAACUUAAGGAGGAGAAGGAUAAGCUGUCAUCUGAGAUGCGUGCCUUAAUGAAGCUGAAGCGUAAGGAAGUGGACUUGAAGCAGAUCAGGGCUCAGUCUCAGGGAAACCAGACUCGCCUUAAAUACGCUAACACGGAACUAGACUCCAUACGCAAGAAGAGCAUCCCUGCUGCUCAGAUCGAGAUUUCCAAACUCAGGAGUGAGCUCUCCAACCUUGAGGCCCAGAUUGAGAUACAGACUGGGAACCUGGAACUGAAGGAUAGUGAGAUGAAGGCUGUCAAAGACAAAAUUCAUCAGAUGGAGGAUUUGGUGUUUGCGGACUUCUGUGCAGAGAUCGGUGUGGCAAACAUUCGUGAGUAUGAGCAGGAUUAUCUCCGACUGCAGCAGGAGCUUGAGAAGAAGCGCCUGCAGUUCGAGUCCCAGCAAACCCGUCUAAGUACACAGCUCGAGUACGAACAAGCCCAGCUGGAGAAACUUGUCAAACUGAUGAAGAAGAUAGAAGAGACCAUAGAGAAAGAGAAGAACAUCAUUAUCAGCCUAAAAGAGGGGGAAGACAACAUUUUAAUAGCUGUGGAGCAGACCCAAUCCAAUCUGCUCAAACUGAACAACCAGCAUUCAGAAAAGACUCAUUUAGUCAACAAUGCCAAGACAGAGCUUGACAAAGCUCUUACAGGCCUCCAGGAGAGAAACAAGGUGCUGAUGAAGCUUCAGAAGCAAACAAUCUCCACUGAUGCGGCUCUAGAGCACCUGAGACUGACUAAACACAACUUGCUAUUAACCUGUAAAAUAGACGGCCUCCCGCUGACGCUGAUCUCAGGAGCACUGGAUGACAUCAGUGAAAUACAGGUGCAAACAGAGGAGUCUCAGAGCGUCAGCACACUGGACAUUUUUGAACGAGAGGCGCAGAUGGUGUUUGAUUUUUCUGCAUUGGACAACAGCCUUAAGAUGCUCACUGAAGAGAGUGAGGUGGAGGCUAUGCUGGAGAAGCUUAAAGAGGGUGUCUCUUCUCUGGAGUCCAUGAUCAUGAUGUCCAGAGCUCCAAACCUCAAAGCUCUAGAGAAGAUCAGAGAGGUGAAGGACAGCUACCGGGAGGUUCUGGAUGCGUUCGAUAUAAGCACAAUCACCACCAAGAAGCGCAAUCAAGAGUUUGAGCAGGUGAAGGCCAAACGCUUCCAUCUCUUCAGCCAGUGCUUUGAACACGUGUCUGUUGUUAUCGACCAGAUCUACAAGAAACUCUGCAGAAACGCCAGCGCUCAGGCCAUUCUCAGUGCUGAAAAUCCAAACGAGCCCUACCUGGACGGCAUCAACUAUAACUGUGUAGCUCCUGGGAAACGAUUCAUGGCUAUGGACAACUUGUCAGGAGGAGAGAAGGCCAUCGCUGCUCUUGCUUUGGUCUUUGCCAUUCACAGCUUUCGUCCUGCUCCCUUCUUUGUGCUGGAUGAGGUGGAUGCCGCUUUGGACAACACAAACAUUGGCAAGGUUACGGGAUUUUUCCGGAUGAUGUCGAGAGAGAGCUGUCAGAUCAUUGUGAUCUCCCUAAAGGAGGAGUUCUACUCACGGGCGGAUGCUCUUCUUGGAGUCUAUUCAAUGUUUGAUGAAUGCAUGUUCAGCCGUCUUCUGACUCUGGACCUCACCCCGUACCCACUGAAAGACGAAAACGCCACAGACAGAGAGAAAGACAAAUGAUGCCUGAAUGACAGAAAAUGAAGAAUAAAAUGUUCACCGUUCAAGAGAAAACCAAUUAAAAAUCUCCAAAACACAUUAAACUGUUAACUUCAAAAGAGUGACUAUACUUUAUCAAUUAAUGAAGAAGAUUCAGCUGUUUAAAAAACAAAGCUACAUUACAUUUUGUGUUGAAUGUGUUUCAGAGAUUGUUCUGUGUUGUAAAUCUUAAAAGUGUUUGUGUUAUUGUUGAACGCAGGUUUGUUUUUGUUCGAUGUGGAAAUACUUUUAAUACAUUUUUAUCGUUUGCAUUUGGGAAGAGUUCUGUCAUUCCUCAUCAGUAGUUGUGCAAACCGUGCUCUUUGGCCUGUCUCUCUGUCAGCAGGGUGGGGUUUCAGCAGAUCACCAGCCUCUGUUACACCAUUCUCUCUGCUUCUCUCCUCAAACUUUUCUUUUCUCUGCAACUCCAAUGGCGUCUUACACGGUUGUCAUCGUCCCUCUCAGGAACAGUCCUACCAGUUUGGAUGCAUUGCGUUUCUUCCUAUGGGUGAAGAAACUGAAGGACUUGGAGCGGGAAAAGGAUCUCCUGUGGAUGGGAUUACAGGCUUUAGAGCAGGUGCGGGAGACGUUAUGCUUGAACCUUGAGGAAAAAAUGCAAGCACGAGACAGGUCCAGCAAAAAGGAGAUGAGAAACGCGUUUCCAGAUUCUCUCCUGUUGUCUCAGAUCCACAGAGUGAAUAAGACCUUGAAGAAACUGCUGUGUGACUACAGGAAUCACACUGAUCCUGCAAUAGAAGGUUCUGAGGUGAAGCAGCCCUCUCCUGUCUGUUCUGAAGAAAGUGCUUGUUUUUGAUUAACUGUUUUGCUUGUAAUGUUUUUUUUUGUCAUUGGCUGCUUGUGAUUUACAAAUUUUCUGUACAAUAAAGAAAACAAAUAUGCUUGACUGCA